AUGGCGGCUCAGUCGAAACUACACAGCCCAUCCAUAGCUACUGAGAGCAUGGUCAAGCGCAUUAUCAGCGAGCUCACAGGACGAUAUCUCGAGCAUCGGACGAAAAUAACCCGCGCUGUCUAUCUCACACUUUUUAUCACAUUGGUAAACCGCAUCCGAAAUGCAAUAGCAGAGCAAAAAGCUGCCUCUGCACGUGCGGAGGCUAGUAAAAGAGCUGGCACCACAGCAGCAGACAGAGAAGUCUCGACAAGGAAGAAGGUUGAGCUAAACAGGGAGUUCUUCAAGAACCUCCUAAGACUGCUGCGAAUAGUAAUUCCUGGAUGGAGAAGCAAAGAGCUAAGACUGCUCAUAAGUCAUAGUGUGUUUUUGGUACUGCGUACGUUAAUCAGUCUAUACGUGGCUGAACUCGAUGGACGGUUGGUCAGCAGUCUGGUGCGAGGAAAGGGCAAAGAUUUCUUGACCGGACUCGUAUGGUGGAUGGCUGUCGCAGUUCCAGCGACUUUCACAAACUCUAUGCUCUCCUACCAUCAAUGCAAGCUCUCCUUACAGUACCGCACCCGCCUCACACAUCACAUCCACUCCAAAUACCUCUCGAACAUGACCUUUUACACUCUUUCGGCCCUUGACGAUCGAAUAAAGAAUGCCGAUCAACUUAUAACAGUCGAUGUUGCCAAAUUUUCAAACAGCUUGGCAGAGCUAUACUCCAAUCUUGCAAAGCCGGUACUAGACAUGGUGGUCUAUAACUACUCGCUUUCAAGAAGCGUGGGAGGAGAAGGAUUGUUCUUUAUGGGCAUGCUCGUGCAAUUAUCAGCAGGCGUCAUGCGCGCUCUGACACCGCCUUUCGGAAAAUAUGUUGCCGAUGAAGCAAUACUAGAGGGAGAGUUUCGCUUCCAGCAUUCAAGGCUGAUAGACUAUAGCGAGGAGGUUGCUUUGUAUGCAGGACAUGAGGCUGAGAAAGACACGUUGGACAAGGGCUAUUUCACUCUUAUCAAGCACGUUAAUAGGAUCCUGCGGCGGCGAUUCUACCACGGCUUUAUGGAGGAUUUCGUCAUAAAGUACUUCUGGGGUGCACUUGGGCUCUUGCUUUGCAGUGUUCCCGUCUUCUUCAAGAUUCCAGGUGUUCAAGGCGAGAGCAUAGGUGAUAGGACAGAAAGCUUUGUAACAAACAGACGCAUGCUGCUCAUGUCUUCCGAUGCAUUCGGUCGCGUUAUGUUCUCAUAUAAAGAGAUCACCGAGCUUGCUGGUUACACAUCUCGCGUGGCCACACUCCUCGAUGUUAUUGAUGACAUUCAAGCUGGACAUUUUGAGAAAAAGCUUGUAUCGUCAGCUAGCUCUCUGGAGAGUGCAACAGUUCUCGGCGGCCGUGGAGUAGUAACAGAAGGGUCAGACAUCGAGUUCAUUGAUGUACCUAUUGUCUCGCCCAACGGCGACAUCCUCGUCCGAGCACUUAGCUUCACGGUCAAGCCUGGUGAGCAUCUUCUCAUUGUUGGGCCAAACGGGUGCGGCAAGUCGUCUCUUUUCCGUAUCCUUGGCGGCCUAUGGCCUGUGUACGGCGGCAAGGUUCGCAAACCCCCAUUCGAAGAUAUUUUUUACAUCCCUCAGCGCCCAUACCUUUCUCGUGGCUCUCUCCGCCAGCAAAUCACUUACCCAGAUGGCUUACGCGAGAUGCGCGACAAAGGCAUCACUGACGAUGACCUCUUCCGCGUCCUCACUGUGGUCGAGAUCCAACACAUUGUCGACCGACCUGGAGGCUGGGAUGCUGAGCAGGAGUGGGCUGAUGUACUGUCCGGAGGCUUGCAGCAACGUGUCGCUAUGGCACGACUCUUCUAUCAUGCGCCCCGUUACGCAAUAUUAGAUGAAUGUACAAGCAGCGUGACGCUGGAGAUUGAGCGUGUGAUGUACGACGAGGCGAAAAGACUAGGAAUUACGCUCAUGACUGUAAGCCAUCGCAGGAGUUUGUGGAAGUACCAUGAGAAAAUACUGCAGUUUGAUGGGCAGGGAAAGUAUAUCUUUACGAAACUAGAUGCAGAAAGGAGAUUGCGACUAGAAGACGAAAAAGAAGAGCUCGAUCUCCAGCUUCGCGCGAUUCCUGACAUUGAGGCUCGAAUCACCGAAUUGACCGCACAGUGA